UGAAUAUGAAUUUUAUUAUUGUUUCUUGUGUUCUCUUCUUUUUAAUUUUUUUACAUAGUUCAGAGAACGUCUCUGAGAAAUAUUUGACAAAAUCAAUGUCCGUCUAUACACAAGUUUUAACAAAAUUGGCAAAUGCUGAACCACUGGAAAUCCGAUCUGCUCCUUUUAUUGUAGGAGUAAUGGUUAUGGUGAAUGAAUCGCUGUUUUCAAUUUGUACAGGAACUUUAAUUGAUCUAUCCUGGGUCCUUACCGCAGCUCAUUGUUUUGAUGACACUACAGACGUGAUGGUUGCUGGAGGCAUUGAUGAUGUACAUAAAACUAAAGAACAUUAUCAAUUGAAGAUGGUUGAAAAGAAGAUACGUCAUCAUAAAUUUUUAAACAAGUAUCAUUUCUAUGACAUUGGAUUACUAAAGGUUUUUUAAUGCAAGAUUGGUAUGUAUAAAUAUAUAUAGUGAAGAUGUCGGGUUGUGCAAAGGUGCAGCUGGAGCUCCUCUAAUAUGCAAUAACAAGGCUGUAGGAGUCACGCAUUCUGUUUAUUCGCUAGAGAUGUGCAAAAUUUCAAAAAUAAAAUGGAAAGAAUUUGACUGCACAACUGGCACGACAGUAUUUAUUUAUACUUGUCCAUUCUUAGGAUGGAUCAAAACGUAUGUUCCUUCUGCUCCAUCAUUGCCGCUUAGUUGUAAAGGAGAAGCAUUAAACUAUAAUUAUUUCCUUUUUAUUUUUAUAAUGUUAAUAAAAUUCUUUCUAACUU